CGCGUAUUCACAAAGUGUCCUUACUGAGCUUGCUGGUUCCUUAUUUGAGCAGAGCCUGCGAUUUGAAUUUAAAAAAAAGUGAAACUAAUAACAAAAACUCUAUAAAAAAAAUGUCUAGCAAUAAUGCGUUGAAUUUAAAAGCAAUUACAAGUCGUCAGCUACGGAGCGUAUCCUUGCUUUUGCUUCUAAUACUUCUAAUCCUCUCAACGCGUGAGGUGGACGCCGGCAGUUUCGCGGUUAAUCGAACAGUCCCCGCCUGCAAAAUACCCCGUAUUCCCCUACUCUGUGAAAGCAAAAUACUGCGAUAUGCCUACAAUGCCACCACCGGCAAAUGUGUGAGUCUCUAUACCAGCGGCUGUGCACCCAGUGCGAUCACAAAACAUUUUCUCACCUUCGAGGAAUGUCGACGCGAUCGUAUGAAAAUACUUCGAUACUAAGUGAUGAAGCAUUUCCAAAGAUUGCAAACAACUUUAAACAC